AUGUCUGAGAAACACUCUGCCCUGCCCAGCCCCGAAGGCAGUGAUCUAGAAGCCUCCAAUCCCGAGCCUCAGAAGAAGGAACUCACUUUCUCUCAGCGCUGGACUCAGAAUGUCGAUCCCAAGCACACCGACCUCAUCUGUCUGUUGUUGUGCUUCACCACCGGUCUCUGCGACAGUAGCGCCUACAACGCCUGGUCUUGUUUCUUAGCCAUGCAAACCGGCAACACCAUCUUCCUAGGCCUGGGCGCCUCCAAUCAACCAGCCAAUAAACCCUGGGGCUGGCUCAAAUCCCUAAUGAGCAUCGGCUCGUUCUUCAUCGGGGCGCUGGUCUUCGCCAACCUGACGCGGCGCGCCGGCAACCGCGCGCGGGGCACGCUGGUGCUCUCUUUCCUGGCACAGACGAUCCUGAUCAUCAUCGCGGUGGCGAUCAUCGAGGCCGACCUGAUUCCGCACACCUCCACGGACUCCAAGCUGACGGGCGGCCGGCUGUUUCUGGAAUUGAUCCCCAUCGCGCUGCUGGCGUUCCAGUCGGCCGGGUCGAUUACCUCGUCGCGCGCCCUGGGGUACAACGAGAUCCCCACCGUUGUGCUGACCAGCGUGUACUUUGAUGUUGCGUCAGAUCCUAAGUUGUUGCAGGUGCCUACUGGGAAUGUGAAGCGCAAUCGGCGGAUCGGCGGGGUGGUGUUCUUGCUGAUCGGAGCGAUUGCGGGGGGUUGGUUGAGCAAGACUUCGGGCGGGAUGGAGUCGGCCCUGUGGAUGGCGGCUGGGGUGAAGUUGCUGAUUGGGCUGGGGUGGCUUGCUUGGAAGGGGGAGACGAAGAAUUAG